AUGCAGUCUUCCCACUUCAGUUACACAGACUCCUACUCCUCCUCUCCGGGGGGCAUGGACUUCUUCUUCUAUGGUCCGCCUCCUCCUGUCUACGACAACCUGUGCGACCUCGAUGCCACCAAUCCCUUCACUGUGUCAGAGGUUGUGCCCAAGGUCUCGUCGUUCUCCAACUCUUUCACUAGCUCCCCGUACAUGGUGCCCACCAUGAAUGACUACGGGCAUGUCUAUGAACCUGCCGCCAUGGCCACCAGCGUGCCUAGUUCCGCAAGCAGUAGCUGCGGAAGUAACUACGGAAGCUGGACCCAGGCGGACGAGGUCCCUUUGCCUAACAUCCAAAUGUCAUCAUUUGAUGACUCCUGCUCCGACUCCUCCCAAUCCAAACCUGCCAAGCCUUUUGGUUGCGACAGCUGCGGCAAGUCCUUCACUCGCUUCGCAGACUUGAAGCGCCAUCAGUCAAGCGUGCACUUCCCUGUCUUUCGCAAUUGCCCUGUCGAGAACUGCUCGCGCAAAGGCAGCAAUGGCUUCCCUCGUCAGGACCACCUGGUUGAACACUUGCGUUCCUACCACCACAUGGACGUGCCAAAGCGGCGAGCGCUGAAGCGGUCCUCCAAGGAUGCAUGA